AAUGUGCUUCAGUUCACUGUUGUGUUUAUUUUUUUAUCCGAUUUUUUUGGUUUUUUUUCCUGAGGCAGCUGGCCAGGGUUAAUGAAUCUGAAGGGGGAAGAGGCGUCUCCAGGACACCGAGCUUUUGUGCCUUGAGCAGGGAAGCCAAAUGUUCCUGCAGCGCUGCUGGAGGGAGCAUGGCCAGCGCAGCCGCUGCUUGUUUGGCUUGGCAACGGGUGUCCAGGGAGAGACGAGAGGCGCUGUCCUGGCUCUGUCCCCGCCAUGAGGUGGCAGCAGGAUCAGGACAGUGACUGUCCCCCUGUCCCCUGGGCUCUGGUGGGGCCACACUUCCAGUGCUGUGUCAGUUCUGGGCCCCUCACUGCAAGAUGGGCAUGGAAGGGCUGGAGCGUGUCUAGAGAAGGGAAGGGGCUGGAGCACCAGGUACAGCUGUGAGGGUGAGCCUGGAGAAAAGGAGGCUCAGGAGGGACCUUCUGGCUCUGCACAACCCCCUGACAGGAGGGGGCAGCCAGGGGAAUUCGGGCUCUGCUCCCAAGGAACAGGGGACAGGAGGUGAGGAAUGGCCUCAAGCUGCGCCAGGGCAGGUCAGGUUGGACAUCAGCAGGAAUUUCAUCAUGAAAGGUUUGUCAGGCAUUGGAAGGGGCUGCCCAGGGAAGUUUGGAGUUGCCAUGCCUGGAGGUGUCCAAGGAAAACCUGGUCAUGGCACUCAGUGCUCUGAGCUGGGGGACAAUGUGGGGAUUGGGCACAGCUUGGACUUUAUGAUCUUGGAGGCCUUUUCCAACCUGAAUGCUUCUGGGAUUCUGUUAUUUGAGCCAUAGGCUAGACACAGAAUAAGGGGAGUGAAGGGAGAGCAGGCAGAAGUCCACGGGAAAUUGAGUUGCAUGAAUUGGUCCUGUAGGUUAUCCUUAAUUCAGUGAUAAUGAAUUUAUCUACCCCUCCCCAGCUGUGCAUCUCACUCUUCUCAGUGCUCUGUUAAGUCAGGAAUGUGAAAAGAAUUUGACUAAAAUUUGAUUUCAGGUAAUUGAAACAGGCAGGUUUUCCGUUUUCAGUUUAUUUAUUUAUUUAUCUAUUUAUUUAUUUUCCGAAAUGAAAAGAACAAACUCUUCCCUGAAAUCCUAAUGGGUAGCAGUGUGACUUUUACUGACUCUAUUUUGGGAUAAUUUUGCAAAUGAAUGCUUAGGUACUAAAUGCAAUAAGAUGCACUCAGGCUCUGGUGACACUUAACUGUCACCAUUGUAUUUGUCCCAGCUUCAUGGCAAUCUCUGUACUCAAAGUUGCAUUUAUAUAUAUAUUUAUGCCAAUGUAUUUAUUGCCGUGCCAAGUAGUGUGAUGUGAACAAGUAGUUAUUUAUAUCUGAAUGUGUGAUAGUCGAAAUCAAAGUGUGAAAUAAGUGUGUGUGAAGAAGGAACAGUGGUCAAAUACUUUCUGAGAACCUCAAAUUUAAAAUAUAGUUACUCUAGGAUAUGCUGGAGGUGAACAGUGAACUGUCUGGAGUGAGAUUUUAUAACAGAAAAGAGAUUUCUUUGCUUUUUUUUCUUGUAAAUUAGUUGCUUCUAAAUGCCAGGCUUGUCCCAAAAUACAUUUUCCAGAAUUUCCUAGAAUGUUUGAAGUUGUAGUAUCUGCUUUCUUAGCAGAUCUUCCUGCUAUUCAAUUUCUACAUUAAACCAAAAGAUUUUAAUGCUCUUGUGUUGUGGCUGUGUUUGGGAAUGCAUUAAUUAUAAAAUAAAAGCAUAGAAAAAUGCAUUAAUUUUAAGACCUUACCAUAAAAAAGAGAAGAGAAAAAAUUUAGUCCAGAAUGUGCAUUACUAUUCUGGGGGCUUGGCUGUCUCGAGAGGGUAAAAUCUUAAUUGAGGGAUCACAUUGGAAGGGCAAAGUUAUAGAGUUAUAAAACUGCCAAAAUGUCUUCAAUAAUACUGACAUUUGUUUUCUUCUCCCUUACUGCAAACAUGAAAUUCAAUGGCAAAAAGGGAAAGAAAGGAAAGGCAGCGAGGCUGAGAGCUGAAGCCCUGUUGAGAGCUCAACAAGAAGAAGAAGCAAGACUUGAAAGGGAGAGACUGUAUCGGGAGCUCGUGGAAAGGCUCGAGGCAAAGUAUGAAGGAGAGAGGGAGUCUGAACUAGCCCAAUAUAAUUCACUGGCACAGAAGUUUCUUUCUGCAAAGCAGUGGAAAAUGGAUUACAGAGAACAAGCCAAGAAUCCUCCUUUUUCUUGUAAUAGCAGUGUGCAGCACACCUGUAUCCACUUUUCUGUGCACUCUCCUGCAGUGGGAGCACUACCUGAGCUGUGAUGGGACUCCUGACCCCACUGUGCCUCAGGAAAUCAACACUUUCAUGAGCUUGUGGUGUGAUGAGCAAGAUCAGGAUGUGCAGCUUGUGAUGGAGAAGGGGGAAGUGGUGCUGCAUUUGAUUGAGAAGUUGGAGUUUCUGCUGUUGGAGACAGCACCAGAAGACAUCACAGACGAGAAACAAGAGCAGUACCUGCAAGUUAUUCUGCAGCUGCAGGAUCUGCUUCAUCAGAAAUACAAUGAUGCUACCCAGAGCCUGCUCAAAAUAGCUAGUAUGUAUGAAGAUUCUGAAAGUGGGAAUAUGCACACAGUCCUAAAGGAUAAAAAUGUUACUUUCUGUCUUUGGGCCAAUCUGAAGAUGAAAGUAAGGUACAAGGACCACGUGUUCCAGGAGGCGGGGCACGCCUUUGAGCUGCCCCUGUCCCUGGCUCUGAGCAGCGUGGCCGUUCGCGUGCUGUACACCCGCUACGACCACGUGUCCCCGCUGUGGGUGCAGUGCCAGGGGCUGCCGCGGCCGGAGGGCCCCGCCACCCUGGAGUCAGCUGAGCAGCCACAGGACACUGGGCAAGGAUCGGCAGAGGAGGAGGAGGAAGGCACGGAAGAACCCAGCGUGCCUGCUGCAGAAAAAACGGGUUCUAAGGGCAGAAAGAAGAGUUCUGCCUCAUUGAAGGAGACCAGCAAUAACACAGGUGAUAUAAAAGAGACACAGGAGGAAACUGAGAAGAAUUCAGAAAAUUUGGAGGAGCCAUCACAAGAGGAGGAGGCCCCGCUGCAGGAGGCGCCGGGAGGCGGAGAAGAGGCCCCGCGAGUUGUGGAUUUGGAGCAGCUGGUGCCCGUGGGGGGCGUGUUCCACAUCUCUGUCCUGCGGCUGCCGCCCCAGGCCCAGGACGUCGGGGACUGGAUCAUGGUGGAGCUGCUGGAUGUUGGACUGGAGGAGUAUCCAUAUUCCCCAGGAAAGGCUGAAGAUGGCACACAGGAAGCAGUACAGAUCACCCUGAGGCUCCCUGAUAAUGUGAUUUAUUUUAAAGUGCCUGUGCUAGCCCGAUGGGAUCCUGCAGGCCAAUGGUGGAGAACUGAUGGCAUCAGCAAGAUAACCUAUGAAGCAGAAAAAAAGAGCAUCACCUUCAGCAUGGGUGGCUUUUCUACAGUAGCCCUUCUCCAGGAUGCUCACCUGAACCUGCCCUAUCAGGCCUGGGAAUUGCACCCUACUGGUGUGGAUGAAGGCCUCUUCACAAUUACCGCAGUCUUUGCAACCAUUCAGAUACAAAUUAAGGAUAAUCAGUGUAUGUUGUCUUCAGUAGUGGUGGAAGAGGAGGAGGUGCUUUCCCACAUCACAGGGAAAUGGAUGAGUCCUCUUGCCCUCAGAGCAGCUUUGAAAAGAGCUGGAGUGAACAUUUUCCCAGCAGAGCACUCUCCCAAGUAUGUCCCUGUGCCCAGGAAGGGUCCCCUGGCAGAAGUGAGGGCCUAUGAACAGAUGGCUCUGCUGGCAGCUGCUUUUGCUUUUGCUCACAGCAAGUGGAACGGAGAAGCGGGGCCAGAGCAAGUCGUGUUCAAGGUGAGUGAACAUCUGACAGCAGGUUCUGCCAAAGGCAACCACUGGUCUCUUCUGAUGUUCGAUGGUGAGAAAGUGCAACACCUCAAGCUCACUGAAACCAGUGAAGCUUUUUCAGAAGAGGUGCAAGAAGAAUCUGAAUUUCACUCCACACUCUACCAUAUGGUCAAGGAGUCUGCCAGCAAUGAAGCCAUGGAAAAAGUGGAAAGAGCUGGCUGCAUGUUCAUUGAUUCUGUGUAUCAGCUGCUCCUUGCUACCAGAGUCUUAGCAUUCUCUUAAAUGCUGCAUGCUUUCCUUCAAAAGUUUUCAAUAAAGUUACAUUUCAAGUCUUAAA